AUGCUUCGCAAAACCGUUCGGCAGCGGAGAGAUUAUCUCUACCGCAAGGCUAUGAUCUUGAAAGAAGCCGAAAUUAACGAAAAGCGCGCGAAACUGCGGAACGCCAUCGCUCAAGGUCGGCCGCUUGAAAAGAGCAUUGCGAGCGACAAAGCCCUCAGGAAAGAUUUUGCCUACGACGAGUCACGUCCAGAUCUGAAUGCGGAUGAGCAAUUGGAUCUCGAUGACGAAUAUGCGCAGUUGAGCGGCCUUGUCGACCCCCGAGUGCUGGUGACGACGUCGCGGUCCUCGUCUACACGCUUGACAGCGUUCAGCAAAGAAAUGCGGCUGUUAUUGCCGACAUCCAUUCGAUUAAAUCGCGGCAACAUGAUUUUGGAUGAUUGUGACUUGUGUAUGCUCUUCCCACCAAACUAUCUCAUGUACGAGGACCUCACUGACAACGGCCGCAGCAUCUCGCAUCUGCCUCAUGGCCCGACAGUCUCGUUUUCGCUUCACAACGUCCUCAUGCGCGGCGAUAUCCCCGGCAGCAUUCGCGGAAGCGUCUCCGAAGCGUAUCCUCAUCUCAUCUUUGAAGGCUUCACGAGCCGCCUGGGCAACCGGAUCUGCAAGGUGCUCAAACACCUGUUUCCGCCUCGCGACCCCAUCACCAGCAAAACAAAGCUAUCAAACCGGGUUGUAGUGUUCAAGAAUAUCGAGGACGUCAUUGAGUUACGGCACUAUGUUUAUGUAAAAACUGCAUACGACAAAGUGGAGUUGUCGGAGGUGGGACCUCGGAUGUCGAUGAAGCUCUUUGAGGUUCGCAACGGCACGCUUGAGAAUAAGGAUGGCCACGUUGAGUGGCACCUGAACCAGUUCACGCGGACAAGUCGGAAGAAGGACUACCUGUGA